AUGUAUGCAAAUCUUGAACAGCAAUUAGAAACUAUCGAACGAAAUAGUAUAGGAUGGAAGUCAUUAACUUUCUACGAUCGAUCGUUAUUACAACAAUUAAGUACAUGUCUACAAUCGUGCUUAGCAAUCACACCGGAAGAUUCGUUUUUGAAUCUGGUUAUGAAUCAACGUACACAAGUUUUUGACAUGUUCGAAUGCAUAUCUACACAUUUAUUCAAACAAUGGAACCAUCACAAACGUUCAUUAGUCAAUGAACAGAUGAAUUACUUGACGCUCGUAGGAAAAUUCAAUCGACGAAUAGCAUUGACCUUGCAAAACGAUAAUGAUGAUCCUUAUAGUAAUGAAGAUGAUGACGAACAAAAGAACAGCAAUCUUGAACAGCAAAAACGUGUUCGAGAGUUGUUAUUUGAUAAUAAUAAUGAUCUAUUUGUUCUACUUGUGGAUAUGUUGCCACGAAUAAGUGAACAUGAUUUCGAUUUCAUCGAUAUGAUUCUACCAUGGUACGAAUCUUACAUAUUUUUCGAGCAUAGUUAUAUCGAUUCGACAUUAGAUGACAAGUUUCUUAGUUUUAACCAACAAAUUAUUCAAUGUUUGAAGUCCAACGAAUACGAACGAAGUUUACUAAUAUUCGAACAUGAUCAAACGCUGAUAACAACUGUUCGUCAUCGAUUUUAUUUAGGCAUAUGCACAAUGGCGAUGGGUGUUCACGUUAAUUGUGACGAUAACGAAUGUGAUGACGCAAAAAACCUAUUAGAGUCGUAUCUGUCACGUUAUAUUACAUUUAUACAUCAUCUUCUUCAAGAUGAUCAAAUCAAUUCAUUGAAUAAUUUAAUUUGUAUAACGGGUAUUAUAUCAUAUUUAGUUAAUUAUACACUAAUUAUCGAGAAUGAUACUAACCGGCAGUUUCUGAUUGAUUUGUUUGUGCUAGUUUUGAAUGAAAAGUUCUAUGGAAGCAUUUUUGCUAAUUGGUCAACGUAUGAAACGAUUCUAAUGGAUUCAGUGAUAUGUUAUUUGAUUAUUUAUUGUUAUGAUGAUCGUUUAUUAGUUGCCGAGAUGAUUCGAACGGAUAAAAAUUAUGUUAAAAAACUCGAACAUUUGAUAGAUCAGGCUCAAAAUGCUGGUAAUCGUCGUAUAGCAAUCAUGACACAGUUGUUCCUACUCAUUCUAACAAGUUGUACAAAGAAUUAUGAUUUAGCAGAGAAAUUCUUUCUCUUGUGUUUAACAUAUAUUCAAAUGUCAUUGGAUAAUACACAGUCGUACCAUUAUAAUCGCAUACCGAUGAGUUUAUUUUUCAAAAGUAUUUUACAUAUUAUGAAGUACGAACCGAUUCAAGAGAUCAUUGCUCAACACUAUCUGAAUUUAUUCACGGAUAUUCUUAUUAAUUAUGAAAAGAAGUGUUUACAUGAAAACAUUAUUUAUCGUGAGUGUGCGAUGAUUGCAUGUACGAUCCUAUGGUCAUUGUCGUUCAAUGAAAACAUUCGAAAACAGUUGAAGCAUUGUGAUAAAGACUUCUUCGAUGUUUUACAAGCGAUUAACACGAAUACAAAUGAAUCGACGGUGAAACAAGCGACAUGUGGGUUACUCUACAAUCUAAAUCGAUUAGUUUUUGAUCGAAAUUCUUCGACAGCAAAUGAUAAUUUCGGGAAGACAAUCGGAAUCAGUUAUGAUUCGUCUGAUCAAGCAACCGUCGUAAUGAUCGAACAGGAACUAAAUAAAAGUGGCUAUCGUGUAUGGACAAAUUAUGAUCAUAUGGACGAUCAAUUCGUUCCCACAUUUGUCUCACUGAUGACCAGUACACAAUAUUUAAUUGUUUGCCUUAGUGAUAUGUAUCGAAUGAAUAAUCGUUGUCGUACCGAACUUCUCUAUGCGACAGCGUCAGGUCAUCAUGUUCUUUCGUGGAAAGUCCAAAUUCCUACGAAUGAUCCAGAAGAGAACGAGCGCGUUCGCGUUCGUGCUGUUGAGACGUUGCUAAAACGUAUUACAUCAAUUGGCACCACUAGUCAACAGGGUGCAGAACUAGGAGAAGUAGCGAUUCAUAUGGAGAAACACUCGACACCGACGAAUUUCAAUCGUCGUCGACGAACGAAACAAAUCAUGAACGUAGAAAACUGGACGAACGCAGAAGUCUUAGCAUGGUGCGAACCAUUAAACAUGCCGGGUUUUUCGAAACUAUUCGCACGUUUUGAUGGUCAAAGUGUACUUAAACUGUACGAAUUCUGCAAACAGAAUUCUACUGAAACCGUCGCAGUUUUAAAUAACGAUUUGCAUAACAUAUGUAAACAAGAGAAUGAAGUUGACAUUCAAAUAUCCGUCCAUGAAUUUAUACGUUUUCAAAUCGAAGUGGAAAAAUUGAUCACACCAUCGAUCAUGAGAGGUUCGGCAUUAUCACUAUCGUCAUGGAAAUCGAGUCUACCGAAAAAACGAUUGAAGAUUCGCACGUGUUCUAUUCUUUAG